GCUCCGAUACAUGGAACAGGUAAAUAGACCAGAGCAGAAUAGUCAUUGGACAGAUCUGUUACGGCACAGUCACAGCAGAUUCUGCAGAGCAUAAGGCCUCUGGACACCGAACCUUUUCAGGGCAGACUUCCUCACAUGCCUACAUAAUUCCCCAAAAUCAUGGAGAAAGUGAUUUUGAUCCUAUGUCUCUCAAUUUCCUGUUACAUGGCUAAUGCAUUAUCUCCAUUGCACUCUAAUCGUAUGGGAGAUAUCAGGAGGCCUCUUCCCGUGGGGCAAAGAGUCGAUGGAUUUCUGCUCUUGGAUACACCAGUCAGGUAUUACUUUACAGUGAACAAAACUCAGAGUGCAGUAACCAUAAGAGUGACUCCCUGUGAAUCGCCAAUCUUGUGGACGGUGUCUGUCCUCUCCACUCAGGAUUAUUCUGAGCACCUCAUUCCUCAAAAAAAGUAUCAUCACAUAGGCCCUCAGAGAAUAUUUGUUUUCAAAGGAAAUGGAGAAGAAUCAUUCUCAUCCAAAGUGAGGUCCGAUGGCUAUUACUUUCUUGAUUUCAUGUCACUCGAAUCCGACACAAGUAUACAGGUCUUUGUCUGGAACCAAGGGGAUCAAUCUGUCCCAUGGCCUAGACUCCCAGAAAAUCCUCGGGUACAUAUCGUUUCAGUAGAAGAAAACAAAAUUGAUUUGUCUUGGGAACAAAGCUUGGGGCCUGCUAAGGCUGAGUUUGAGUACUGCUUGUUUAUCAAUAGGAAACAUAACUACAAGACAUUGUGUGCGACUGAGCUAGAUGCAAAGAAUGAACUUGAAUAUCAUCAAGACAAUUUAGAUACCAAAGUAAAGAAAUCACUAAAUAUAAUUACGGAGAAGUCCAAAAGGAAAGAAUAUUUUUACCCAAAGUCCUAUGUGAAGGUUUCAGAUAUGGUGGAAGAUGAUAACUUUUUGUCUUCUAAAUCUUUGGCUGGAGGUCAAAGAAUGUGUGUGGGGACUUCCCUAAAUGCUACUAUACAUGAUCUAAGACCUAAAAGCCUUUACUAUGUUGAUGUCUUUGCCGUGAAUCCUAAGGAUGGUACUAGUGUGGCUUAUACUGGUACUUUUGCUGAGACCAAAUCCCAAAAAAUAACCCAGAUACCAAAACUUCCUGAUGAAGAAAUGGUGAACAUUUUUCUGAAACGUAAAGGUGUUAAAAUAAUGAGUAUCAAUCCAUCUAUCAAUAGAUUAAGAUGGCUUUUUGUCCAUUCCUGCCUCUAUAAAGCUCAUAUACAAAUCAUGGUAAAUGGUCGAAUAGAAGUUUCUAGAAGUGUGCAAGGAGCCCACAAUUUCAAACUUCUUGGAAAUCCAAUGGAUAACUUUAUCAUUAGCUUAAAAUCAAGUAAAGGAGGUGCAGGCUUGGUGAAGCUCUUUACUACUACUGCUCAUAAUCAUUUACCAUUUUCCAACUUACCUCCUGACAUCAACUUGUCUGUAUCUAAGAGAUCAUGCUCUUCUGCCACAGUGACCUGGACAGGAACUGGUCCUGGAAUCAAGUACUGCAUCUACGUCAGACACCUAAAGCAUCAUUUGGAUCUGAAGCUGAUACACAAACAUCAGAACAGCUGCCUAAACACUAAUGCUAGAUCAAGGACUGAGAAAGUUGUUUGUCGACAGGCUGGAAGUCAAACUACUUUGGAAGAGCAUAUAACAGAUUUGAAACCUGGCAAAACCUAUCUCAUUGAUCUGUACUUUAUUGGCCUCCAUAACAACACAAUAAAGUUCCCAAGUCAGGUUGUGAAGGCUCAGGAAUGGUGUACUUAAGUUGAUUAGGAGGAAACCUGACCUUAAGAACCUUGCUGUCUGCAUUCUCACUUAGCAAUUACUCACUUAUCACAUACAUACUCUUAUAGAAUGAUGGUUAAUAUUACUGGGUGACUAUUUCUACCUUUUAAUUGCUAAAAUAUAAAAUAUACCUUGAACAUAAGCAGGUGGUGGCUGCUGUUAAGACAAUGAGGAGCAGAUUUAUUAAACAAAUGACUGUAAAUAAGUGUGUUGGAAACAUACCCAGAUUCCUUACAUUGGUUUCUAUCUGUCUCUGAAGGACUCAAUGUGUAUUAUAUAUACAGCUCAUUUAUUUCGAUAUACAGUCAUGUGAAAAAAUUAGGACACCCUUUGAAAGCAUGUGUUUUUUUGUAACAUU